AUGGCCGACUUGACCAUUGACAACAUCACCCCCAAUGCAGUCACAAUCAGUACCCGUGCAGGAGAUAAGCGCCUCGACUAUGUGAUGGAGCGCUCAUCACGCAUGUCCACGAUUUCGCGCGAAUCCAUCUUACUGCCGGAUGUGUUGGGUCUGUCCCUGCUCGUCGACUCGAUAGAUCACCCCAAGCCCGACAAUUCGACUCAGGGAUCGGUUCUUAGGCCGUUCCACACCCGCGAUGACCCAGAGGUUCCCCAUGGGGACCCCAUAUCUUUGAAUGACAAGGACUAG